CGUGCGCGCGCACAUUGAGUGCGCUCCUCCAUAAAUAGACGCCCGAGCGCGAGACACUACAACAAACAACAGUUUUCCAGCCAAACAUCCGCUGAAAUUGGGACAUUUUUACGGUAUUUUAAAUGGAGAGAGGAGAGUACCGGCACCAGGAAAAGAAACGGAGGAGACGCUGUCUGAUUUUAACUGUCGUCUCUGUGCUGCUGCUCAUUAUUAUCGUCGCUGUUGUUUUGGGACUGACGCUCCGGAAGAACACGGACAAACUGAAGACAACUUUCAUGGCAAGGUGUGAGGAGUUCAAGGGAUAUGACUGUGAAAAGGUCUGGGGUGCAUUUGAACAGGCCUAUGUCGGGCGGGACCCGUGUAAAGUUCCCAUGGAAGCCUAUGACCCUUUUAUUGCCGCAGCUGCCUUCAAACCAAAAUGCAACAGAAUGAUGUUCUGGAGCAAAACGAAGGAUGUGGUCCAUGACUUCACUGAGAAGAAAGAUUGUUUUGUCACCGUGGAGGACACUCUGUUGGGAUCUGUGCUGAAUGGUCUAACCUGGUGUGGAAAGGAGGGCAGCACUGAAACAUUCACGACCGACUGCCCAGGAUGGACAGACUGUGUGAAUAACACUGUUCGCUCAUUCUGGAACAGAGUCUCAACUGCUUUUGCAGAGGCUGCCUGUGGUGACGUCACCGCGAUGCUAAACGGCUCCAUCACCACACCGUUUCAUCCUGCAAGUAUUUUUGCGAGCAUCGAGGUGAAGAGGUUCGACCCCGCCAAAGUGAAAAGUCUGAAUGUUGUUUUGGUCACACAGAAGAACAAUGUGACAAACUGCACAAAUGCAUCUUUAAAGGAUUUACAGAGAGAGCUGGAUGAUGGAAUUAAAUAUGACUGCAAGGAAGUGGCUGAAGAGCAGCUUGAGGAGUGCAGCUCUAAUCCAGAGACACCGUGUGGAGCCUGUUGGUGAAGAUGCGUGCACCAAAUAUCAGAUGAUGCGAGACACAACAAUCACCAGCUGUAAAAUAUAUUUUUCCAGAGUUCAUUUUCCUGUAAAGUCUUUGUAAAUUAAAUAAUGUGCUAUUAUUUGGUCUGUUAUUUUUGCACCUGUGGGCCAGUUUGACUUUAUGUGAAAUAUUUUUUAUAUAAAUCCCACUGAUGCAUUUUUACAGUAUGACAAUGCACCUUUGUAUUUUGUCAAAGGUUCUGAUUUUGAUGGGGUAGCUUUUUUAUCAGGUGUUAAAGAGUUAAGUUGUGGCACAAGUGCUAUGUACUGUAGGGUUAAAUACCAGUGCUGCUAUCUAAUCAAGUUCAACUGAUGAUCUCACUCCCACCUGGUGGCAGAAAUUGAAAUGUUUAUAAUAAAACGUUUAAAUACGA